UAGCCAUUAAUUCAUUCAAUAAGAAUACUCAAAUGACAUCAUUUCGUCUCCUUGUCAUCAAUCUUCAUUUUUUGUUCUGUUUAUUGAUCAGCGUCACUGAAUUUCCACUAACCUGUCAUGGAUGUCAUGAACAGGAUAGAAGUGCUCUCCUAGAUUUCAAAUCCUCAUUGGAAGACCCUGCAAAUCGUUUGGCAUCAUGGCAAGAUAGCUACCAACAUCAAAAUUGUUGUAAUUGGCUCGGAGUUGGAUGUUCAUAUGACUCUUUUCGGGUCAUCUCCGUCAGUCUUCGAAACACAGUCUAUGAAAAUAACCUCGGAGGAUCUGAUUUUUCACUAACAGGUAACUUCCCUCCUUCCCUUCUUAGAAUUCCUCAUCUCGAGUAUAUUGAUCUUGCCUACAACGAUUUCCAGGGAACACAAAUUCCGCUCCAGCUUUCCAAUCUAACAAAACUUACUCAUCUUGAUCUCUCCCACUCCAACAUUGGUUCAUCAAUUUCAACACAAUUCAACAACCUUUCAUCUCUACAUUACCUUGAUUUAUCUGAGAAUUUUCGCUUACAACCAUCAUCUGUAAAAUGGGUGAGAGGGUUAGUUAAUUUACAGGUGUUAAAUUUGAGUGGUAUUGAUCUAUAUACAUUUUCGAAAGAAAUUUUGGGUGAGCAUAUAUCUCAUCUUUCCAAUCUCAGAGAUCUUGAUCUCUCAUAUUGCAAUAUAUCUAGCACAACUUUUCCCAAUUUUCCCAAUCUUUCUUUUCUAUCUUCUCUUAAUAUGCAUUCUAAUGAAGAACUCAGUUCCCGAAUCCCAGUACAACUUGCGAAUUUAACUUCACUUUCUACUCUGGACUUGUCUUUUUGUGGGUUACAAGGUUCUGUACCUUAUCUUCCUCAGCUGAAAGUGCUCGAUGUUAGUGAUAAUCCUAGUCUUAAUCCUGAUCUAACUAGGAUGUUUCAACAUCAGUGGCCUAAGCUUCAAAAACUUAGCAUAUCAAAUACUAAUAUAAGCGGAUCAAUUCCGAGUUCAAUUUUGAAUGCACCGCUAUUACACUCUAUUUCUGCCAGACGGUGUUCAAUUCAAGGGUCUUUACCUUCUUCAAUCUAUAAUCUUUCUCAGUUAGAGACUCUAUAUCUCUCGGAAAAUAACAUUACAGGUUACAUCCAGUCCUCAAUAUCCAACCUAAAGCUCCUCACAAUUCUGGACUUGUCUGACAAUAAUUUCCAAGGAUCCAUACCAAAAUCAAUAUCCAACCUAAAGCUCCUAACCGUGCUGGACUUGUCUGUCAAUAAUUUCCAAGGACCCGUACCAUGUUCAAUCUGUGAGCUUAUUUCUCUUCGAACACUUGAUUUCGAAAGUAAUAAUAUAACAGGAACCAUACCGAGUUGCAUAUUGAAUCUUCAUAACCUUAGUGCUUUUUCUGUCUCUAAUAACUCGAUUGAGGGAAGCCUUUCAUUGAAAUCUCUGAUUAACGAUCUAAACCUAACAUACUUACAUCUGAGCUCAAAUAGGCUUACUGUAGAUAUUGAUCAAAAUUUCAGUUUGUACUCUAAAUUCAAACUACAGUCUUUGUAUUUGAAAUCAUGCAAUCUAAAAGGAUUCUUCCCUACUUUCAUCUGUAAAUUGAGUCAUCUUUAUGUCUUAGACUUGUCUCAUAAUAACCUGACAGGAGUUAUUCCUUCUUGUAUCUCCAAACUCAAAAAUCUCUUUUCAUUUGAUAUAUCGAACAACCAACAUUACGGUCCUCUGCCUCUUCCACCUCAACCUGAUAUAUCGAUCCCACUUUCUUUUGAUAUAUCUAAUAAUAAACUCAGUGGUAAAAUCUCAAUAGAAGUUGGAAAAAGACUAUCUAAUUGUUCCAACAUCAAUCUAGCUGGGAAUCAACUUUCGGGUUCAAUUCCCUCUUUUAUAUGUUCAAAAAGUUCAAGAUCUUCUCUUCAAAUAAUCGACCUCUCUAACAACAGAUUCUCAGGGGUUAUACCAAAUACCUUAGGGUAUUGUAAGAGUCUUCUAUCACUAAACCUUGGGAGCAAUAAUCUCACAGGAAAUGUUCCAAAUGAGAUUGAAAAACUAGAAUCAUUGGGUUAUCUUCAACUACAAGGCAACUAUCUCGAUGGUGAUCUUCUCAACUUCAUCAGUAAACUACAUUCGUUGGUAGUUCUUAACUUGGCGAAUAACCGAUUCGAAGGAAGUAUACCAACGACACUAUUUGGUGCACAACACUCUCUCUUAAGUAUCAUUUCUUUAAGGUCAAACAAAUUCAAUGGAACAAUCCCUGAUGAAAUUAACAAUUUGAAUCAACUGCAAAUUUUGGACUUAUCGCACAACAAUUUCUCCGGCAAUAUUCCUAAGCAAUUAGGAAGCUACUGGAUGAAUUUAACAGGCGCGUCUCACGAUGUUAUGAAUGUGUAUGACAUUCAAUUGCAGAUGGUGAUCAAUGGGAUCAUGUUGCACUUUGAAAAAAUAUACACUUAUACCACGGGAUUGGAUCUAUCACGCAACAUGCUUGAUGGUAACAUUCCAACAGAGAUAGGUCGGUUAAGCGAACUUGCAAGGCUCAAUUUGUCCCACAAUCAUUUGUCGGGUAACAUACCUGCGAGUAUUGGAGAUAUGUCUAAGUUAGCUUCCCUGGACUUAAGUUUCAAUACACUAUCCGGGAAAAUCCCACAAUCGUUAACAUCACUUGACUCUCUUGGGGUUUUUAACCUAUCUUACAAUGAGUUGAGUGGUCAAAUUCCAAAAGGGAUUCACUUUAGCACGUUGGGUGGUGAUGGUUUGGCUUUUGUUGGGAAUGUAUUAUUGUGUGGAGAACCUACAAAGAAUGUUUGUGAAGUGGAAGAAGACGAUCAAGAAGAUGAUCAAGAAAAUUACCAAGAAGAUACAAAUGAGAAAUUGAUAUUGUAUAAUAUUAUUUCUUUGGGGUUUAUAUUGGGAUUUUGGGGUCUAUUCUUUGUGAUGCUUAUAAAAAAGGAGAAAUGGUGGUUUCCAUAUUGGAGAUUUAUCGAUUCUACUGUAGAUGUGAUCAUAAGAUGUAUUCAAAGUGAAUAAUUAUAAUACCACCUGAAUAAUUAUAAAAAAUU